UAAUCUGCUCCUGCCAGAACAGAGGCAAUCAUAAGGCAGUAGCGAGAAAAACAGAUAAAGCAGCAUCUGUACUGCGGCUUGCUAACCAGUUUAGGUUUGACCUGGUAGGAUUGACCCCAGAUGGAUUAUCCCAUCGUUUUGCAGCUAAACGCUCAAUGUGUCUGUUUUCUAACAGUUUUAUUAGUCUUCAUAUCUAAUUUCUUCAGUGAAGGAGGAUAUUUGCCCACUCUGUCUAUUUGCUCUAAUAGGACAGAGGUUUUAAAAGACGAACAUGUUCUACUUCAGUGUAGAACAAGUUGCUCAAAGUCAAUUUUAUGGACAAAGGACAAUAUAAAUUUACGUUACCCUCAAACAAAACAGUUAUUAAUGAAAACUUCAGAGAAGGACAGUGGACUUUAUCAGUGUCAGUGUGAAAAUCAGAAAAGUAACACUGUAGAUUUAAAAGUCAAAGAGGUCAUCAUAGAAGUCACAUCCCAAACAGUGACAGAGGGAGACACUGUGACCUUUUAUUGUCUCACAAAAAGAAACAUAUAUUACUAUGACUUCUACAAAGACCAAAGAUUCAUGAUCCGUAACAAUGGCGAGAUGACCCUAAAUAAUGUGGCUAAGACACAUGAAGGAGAAUAUUAUUGUGUUUCUUAUCAAAAAUACCCAUUAUCCUUAUCAUCAUCCAAGAUUCACCUCAGGGUAUCAGACUUCUUCCAGUCUGUCACUCUGUCCCCCCACCCCGGCUCCAGCGUGUCAGACACCUCCUCCCUCUCCCUGCUCUGUGACUCCCACCCCAGCUCCCCCUUAGGCCAGGCUGAGAUCCUCUACAGUUUCUACCAUGGUUCACAGAUCCAGGCAAUAACUCACCAGCCCUGGUACAACAUUUCCCAUGUCCAGUACUCUGUGACUGGUGGGAAAUAUCACUGUGUGGCCAGCAUAGAAAAGAAAAACAUCAAGAAAGAAAGUAAUGCAGUGAAUAUCCACGUACAAGCUCUUCCUCUCUCGGGCGUGGCUUUGCAAACAUGGCCUCGGGACGGAAGAGUAUCCGAGGGCAGCGAGCUCGUCCUCGGCUGUUCAGUGGACACUUCAUCCUCGCCCAUGUGGUUCAGCUGGUACAGAUCCAGAAACAAGUGGAGCGGCUUCGAAUCGGGGAAUCUUGCCAGAAGGAAGUCACACGAAAGGACAGCACAGAUUGUCCUGACCGUGAUGAAUGAAACUGACUCUGGAAAUUAUAACUGCUUAGUUUCUUAUGAAGAUGAAAUGGAGGUGGUGCCUAGCCAGUAUGUUAACAUCAGUGUACUUGUAUCGGUCACUGGUGUGAAUCUUUCCAUCUCCACCUCCAACCACAACACCACCCUCCUCUGUUCAGCUGAGAGUCUCUCUAGAUACCUUGUCAUCUCCUGGAUUAAAGACGGGGCCCCCCUUUCCACCCCGCCAUCCCUCCCUUCAGCAUACGUCACAGAACAGGAGAAGCUGCACAUCGACACAUCGCAGUCAGAGACACACGGAACGUACUGGUGCAGCGUGCACAAUGAAAUGUUGCCUGGAAACUGCAGCUGGAGCAACACCGUGCAGGUUUUUGCUCAUCCAGGAGCAACACAUACAGCCUACUGUGUCAUACCCCUCAGUCUGCUGGCAUUGAUUUCCAUUGGCUUUUUUGUAUUUUGGAAGAAACAUUCGCACUCCAAGGAAAUCUCACAUUCUCAUGUACCACAAGUUAUCCAGGAAGAGAACAGAAGAGACUCCUUGGGUCCAACCUUACAUUACAAUGUUCAGCAAGACGAUAUUGUAGAGGAGGUACACUACGCAGCUGUGAAUAUAACACAGAAAAACAGAGGCAGGAGAGACGGAGGGAAAAUUGAAGAAACUUCUGGAGAUUCUGCUGUUAUCUACUCUACAAUUACACAUCCCAAACCCUCUUUCAACAGGCUGGACCCUUUAUACAGCAACACAAAAUCUGUUUUCAACUGAAUACAUUGUAUAUAUUUAAAUAUUGUUGUAUAUAUAUUCUACAUACUGUAUAAACAUUUGUUACCCCCCCCCCCCACAGAGUACAUUGGGGCUUUCUUACACAGACUAGCUUGCCAAAGUUUUAACAAAUAAUUUUACUGUUGCUUAUAUUAGCAAGUGUUUAUAAAACAGCAUGUUUUAUAAUAAUCCUUUAUUUUCACUGAAGCUGAUUUAUAUGCUAGUUAAAAAAAAAGUGCACUGAUAAGAACUGGUAAAAAAAAUAAACAUCAGACCUUUAACAUCA